GCUGACAGUGAGACAUCAUAAAGGCAUCAACAAGCUUCCCCUCCUGCAUUGCAGUGUUCGCCAGUCAGUAGUCUGCUUCAACACCCAGAAAACAAACAGAGAGCGGCCGGGAAACAGCGGAGUCAUGCUGUUCCUAACUCUACUCUUCGUAUCCUCAGCUGUAGCAACCCCUCUGCUCGGCACUGAACAGUGCGCCCGUGGCCCCCCCUACUGGUGUCAGAAUGUAAAGACUGCAUCUUUGUGUGGAGCGGUGACUCACUGCCAGCAGAAUGUGUGGAACAAGCCUCAGAUGAAAUCGGUGCCAUGUGACUUAUGCAAAGAGGUGCUGAUGGUUGUGGAGCAGUUACUGAAGGACAAUGCCACUCAGGCUGAGAUUCUUGAUUACCUGGAGAAGGCCUGUCAGCUCAUCCCUGAUCAGAAAUUGACUGCAGAGUGUAAAGAGCUGGUGGAUAGCUACUACCCCAUCCUCAUUGGAAUCAUUACUGGUGAACUGGACGAUCCCGCUGUGGUGUGUGGAGCCAUGGGUCUGUGUAAGUCUCAGCAGGAAGCCCUGGCUAAAGUUCAGGCACAGGAGCAGCUCCUGUCCAAUGAAAUCCCUCAGGUUGACCUCUCUCAGAGAGCUGCACCUUUCCUCCUCAAUGUGCCUGGGCUCCUCUAUCCUCAGGAAAACCUCAAAGAGAAGGCCUCCAAACAGGAGGCUCCAAAGCAGGAAGAUGAUGUGUGCCAAGACUGUAUCAAAUUCUUGACUGAUGCCCAAGAGCAGGCAAAGACCAACUCCUCCUUUAUUGACACUCUUAUUGCAAAUCUUGAGAACCAGUGUGACCUGCUGGGACAAGGCCUGGCUGAAAUGUGUAAGCAGUACAUCAGCCAGUAUGGGGAGGUUGUUGUGCAGCAGCUCAUGUCCAUGGAACAGCAACCCAAAGACAUCUGUGCCCAUGCUGGUUUCUGUCCUGAGAUGAAGAAGUCUGUUCCCAUGAUGAGCCUGAUGGCUGCCAAGACUGUGCCUGCUGCCAAGACUGUACCUGCUCUCAAGCUUGUCCCUGCCACAAAGGUGCAGUCUGGCACUGAGAAGUCUGCCAGGCCUUUGGUGCGUGUCCGUGAUUCCCCAAAGUGCUCCAUCUGUGAGUUUGCGAUGAAAGAGAUAGAGAACAUGUUGGAGGAUCAGACAACAGAGGAGGAGGUGGUUCAAGCUGUGGAGAAGGUUUGCACAAUUCUGCCUUCGACUCUGAGUGCUCAGUGUAAAGACCUGAUCGAGACCUAUGGCUCGGCUAUCAUUCAGCUUCUGGUGCAGCAGGCCGACCCCAAGACCGUCUGCACAGUGCUGGGACUCUGCAAUGACCCCAGCCGCAUGUUUGUUCCUGCACUUGACCAGGCUCAGUUUAAGGCAGGUGGCUACUGCGAAGUAUGCAAAAUGGCCGUUCAUUACCUUGAUGGUCUUCUUGAGGAGAAUGCUACAGAGGCAGAGAUCGAGGAAGCUGUGAUGAAAGUAUGCAGCUUUCUGCCUGAUACUUACCAAAAAGAGUGCGACCAGCUGGUGGAGCAGUAUGAGCCAAUGCUUGUCCAGCUGCUGCUCCAGAUGCUUGACCCUGACUUCAUCUGCAUGAAAAUGGGAGCCUGCCCUGAAGCCAAGCGCAGGCUGCUGGGAACAGAGCAGUGCAGCUGGGGACCUGCAUUCUGGUGCAAGAACAUGGAGACAGCGACUCGGUGCAAUGCUGUGGCUCACUGCAAACGUCACGUGUGGGUAUAGAGGACGAGCAAGAUGGGCACAAACCAACCUGUAGGGAAUUAAAAGAAAUCUAGAGCUGCUUCCUACUUUUAAUUUUUGUCCUGUUUUUCUUUUUAAUGGACUUACAUGACUGCAGUUUGUGUAAAUUAACUUUGAUAUUGUGAAUGAUGUCAUGGUGGAAAGGGACUGGACAUGUUUAUUUUUUUCCCCGGUGGGUGGUGGGGAGGUGUGGGGGGAGUAAUUUUGUGUUAAGCUCUACCUGUUACUCCUUCACAGAGCAGAAUCACAAAGCGUCACUGUCUGGAUGUGCAGCAUUGCUUACCUAUAUCGCUAGCUGGUUGUGGUGUGAGUUAGAACAUAAAUUCCAUGUGUUGUAUGAUGUUGACAAAGCAUCAGAUAGCUCCUGUUUUAACAGAUCUUCAGACCAGCCGCCACUUUUAUUGCUCACCUCUCCCUGGAAGGACUGACUGCGAACAGGGCGGAUGAUUCGGUGUGUUUAUGACAGGCUUUUAUUUUAGCAGUCUCUGAUCCUUAAACAAGUUUAUAUUUUGUAGACAGAAAAUGUGUUUUGUUGUUUUUAAGGAGCAGAUAUAGAGGUACUUUGAGACUGUACCUCUCCAUCACCUCCAAUUGUUUGCACUCUUCGUACUGUUUGUAAAUCACUGCCUUUCUAACAGAAAGCAUCUCCAGUUUGUCCGCUUCAAAGCCUGAGCCAACUGUCAGUUGAUCUGUAAAUUUUUAACAAUAAAAUGAUCCCAAUCUAA